AUGUCCAGAUCUCUAUGUCCAUCCAAGCUUAACUGCACAUCACCUGGCGCCUGGGAGCCUAACAGUGAUAUAGCUGGUCGAGGGGUCCUUAUUGGGUUCGUCGGAACAGGAUAUCUUGUCUUCCUCCUACUAGUGGUUCACUACUUCGUAGCAUACGAUCCAGACCUCUCUCCGGUGCAACAGGUGAGUGAUGACGAGAGACAAAGCCAAGCAACGAGUCUAGAACGGCUACCAGGGAAUAUCCCAGGGCCUCCCAGCACAAAUGUCUACAUUUCUAGGGAUUGCAUCGAUUUGAGACCGAAUCUGGUCGACGUCAAUCUUCUCGCUUUGGUUAGAACAUGGGUGGCAAGGCUUCUGAUCUUUGCGGGAGCAUCACUCCCACUCGCUAGCGAAAGUCGCUCGAAGCGCGUCAGGCAUUGUUUCGAUAUGUGCAUAAUCGCCAUUUGCGAUGUGCAAAUGAUCACAGGAAUGAGCAUUCUCAUCGGCGGAUUCAUAUGCUUGGACGAACACCUAUCGGCUCUCCAUUGGCAGAUCAUCACCUACCUGGCUUGGUUUUCCAGUGUCACCCAUUUGUCUGGUCUGACGGUCCUGAGGAGGUAUUUCCAGACACGCCCAUUGGAAAGGUCAUUGCGAAUCACCCUUAUGCUUACCCUGUUAUUCAUUCUCAUAGUGGCCAUGAUCCCAUCCGGUUUCUUCAACUGGAAAUCGCCACGGGCUGACUCUACUGAUCCUCAGCCAACUGCAGCUUUAGCCAAAUCGCCUGCGGCGUGCUUCUUCAACCUGGCUUGUGGAGAGCAACUCUAUCGAGAGAGUUUCAGGAGGAAUUGCACAGAAUUUUGUUACAAAUUUUCCAAUGAAUCAGAACAACAGUCAAACUGUCUACGAGAUUUCCCCUCUUAUCUCGAUGGCUUCGACUGCCGUCGGUUGGGGAAAUCGUCUGCAUUGCAAGAAAUGGUUAUCUCAACAGUCCUACUCGUCUUCGGGUUUGCUUCGAGGGCAGUCAAACUGUCAGGUCGUGCUUCUAGCACAAUCUAUCGGAGGUUCACCUUGCCAGUAAGCAACUACGCGCUUGACUGCUUCACGAAGCUGGACAAUUUGGUUCCAAACCAUGAGAGACAGGCCAGUAGAAGACAGUACCUCGAUCAAAUCAUCUCUGAUGCAUGGCGGCAUUUGGUGGUGAGACCUGUACUUGCGACUCUUCUAGUCGUGUCGGCAAAUUUCGAGCUUUUCAAUUCCAUGCUCGGAGAACUUAGCUGGUUACUAGCAAUUCUUCUCUGGGGAACCUCCAAAGUUCUGACAGCAUAUAACGACGAGCAAUGGUAUACUCGAGAGGAAGAGGGAGAAAAGCCCAGCACAAGAUGGGAGUUCGGCCAGCUUCUGCCUGUUCUGCUCCUGGCUGCGCCCCUCGUUGCCCUGCUCGGAACCUUCACUUCGGCUGAGAUGACCGCUGGAGCAAACCUAUCAGUUGGACGACCCGAGGUAUCAAAUACAGUGCUUGAGAAUACUUCCAGUGGACAUAGAAAUCGUCGACAUUCUCAAGAAGACACCUUGGAAUUGACAAGUAUGGCGACGCGCGAUAGGGAAAUGGCUGCCCAAAGACAGAAUCACCAUGAGCCGAGCCGUACUGACGCAACAAAUAUCGAGGCAUCGACUAAUCAGAACCGACGUAUCAAUGGCCGAAAUAUUUUAUUGGGAAACUAUUACAUCGAGACUGAUUGGAUGCCGCCUUGCAUGACUUCUAGCUUCAUGACGAUUUGGACACAUGUCUUCUUCCUGUUUUGGUUUGCCACCGAUGCUUUCCUGGUUCCUGGAAUUUGGACUUAUACAUCGGAAGGAAAAUACAUUCUAGAGACAGAUGGAAAAGUGGCAGACGUUUUAGUCUACCUCUUCCAAAUCAAGGGUGGCAUGUUUUACUUGAUACUUGCUACCUAUCCUGUUGCAUGUCACUCUGUCAUCUUGACGGGGCUCGCAGUUGAUGAGUGGUUCGAGACGCCGCAUAACACCACGCAUCGCACCAGCCGAAGAUUGAUGUAUUGGAUCUGGGCACUGGGAAUCAACUGCUCCUAUGUCAUAAGCAUUCAGUAUGUAGCUGGUGUACCAAGCAAGGGAUGGGGCGACGGACUAGCAGCCAUUCUCGUGCAAAUCAGCUUUGGAUUCUACGCACUUUACCAUGUUGUGGGCUUUUGCGUUCAAGUGGCAGCGUAUGCUUAA